AUGUUUCUUCAGAUUAUUGAUGAUGUCUACAACAACUUCAAUCAUUUGUUGAGUUCUUUGGACCUGUCAUGGCUGGAUCCUGCUUUAUUUGCCAAUGCUGUUCACCAGAAAGGUGCUCCUUUGACACAGUGUUGGGGAUUUAUUGAUGGCACCACAGGGAGGAACCAAAACAUUUUGUACAGUGGACAUAGAAGAGUUCAUUGUAUUAAAUUCCAGUCUGUUACUGCUCCAAAUGGAUUGAUUGCACAUCUCUUKGGACCUAUUGAAGGUAAACGUCACGAURCAUUCAUGCUGGGAGUUAGUGACCUUCAACAACAGCUUCAACGAAUAACCAAACCAAAUGGUKAUCCAUAUGUUGUAUAUGGCGAUCCAGCAUAUGGCAUCUCAUAAAACAUAAUAUCGCCUUACAGAGGGGCACAUCUUGCUGCUUUACAGUAGCAAUUYAAUAGUGAAAUGAGUAAGGCUCGCAUAAKUGUUGAGUGGGGAUUUGGUAAAAUCAAGCAAUAUUUUACUUAUUUAGACUUUAAAAAGAAUUUGAAGGUUCUCCUUCAACCUGUUGGCAAGCUCUGUUACAAGUAAAUACUUUGAUGUAGAACCACCAUCACUUGAAGUGUACUUGGAAAAUGUAUAAUUACCCUUAUCAGACUGAAGUGGACAUGGUUAGAUUGUAAAAUCUCCAAGAA